GAAACCAAAUUCCACUAACUUGAUUCUUGCACACUAUAUAAGGAUAUGCUAGGUUCACUUGCAUCAUAAACAUUUUAUAUUACAUCUUUAGGAUAGAGAAAUAUCAUCUUGCUUUGGAAAAAUGCUAGACAUUCUAGAGGAUGGGGAAUUAAUGGUGGGGAUUACCAAGAAAAGUGCUGUAAAGGCUAUGAAUCAUCCGCCAGCAUCAUUUUCAAUCACUCUCUCUAAUCUUGACCUUCUUUCUGGUCGUUUUCCUGUGACAUACCUGUAUUUCUUUUGUAGACCCAAAAUAUUAGUUCUUGACUUUGGAGCACUUGUUGAAUCUCUCAAGAGCUCCCUCGCACAAAUACUUGAUUACUACUAUCCCUUUGCAGGCCAAAUUGUUCAGAACCCCAAAACUGGUGAGCCUGAAAUCAUCUGUGACAACAAUGGAGCUCUAGUCAUUGAAGCUCACGCCAAUCUCCCACUGAAGAAACUAAAUUUUCAUAAUCUCAAUGAAACCAUUCAGAAUAAGAUAGUGUCUAUUCAACCAGGCUUCCCUCUGCAAAUUCAGGUAACAGAUUACACUUGCGGAAGCAUCACUAUGGCUUUCACUUUUGACCAUGCAUUAGGUGAUGCAAGUGCCUUUGGCAAAUUCAUUGCGUCGUGGUCUGAAAUAGCUCAAAAUAAGCCCGUUUCAAUUAUCCCAGACCAUACUAGACGCCUUCAAUCUCGUUUUCCUCCCAAAUAUCAUCCCUCAUUGGACCAAACUUUCAUCAAGUGCACCAUAGAAGAGAUACAGAACAUGCCAUUGAACAACAUAAUGCUUAAGCGUCUUUAUCACAUCAAUGCAUCAAGUAUUAAUAUACUCCAGAGACUUGCAUCUGCUGGUGGCACCAAAAGAACAAAGAUUGAGGCUUUCUCUGCCUAUGUAUGGAAGAUACUGAUUGGAACCAUCGAUCAGAAGUACGAUAAAUGCAAGAUGGGUUGGUUAGUGGAUGGAAGACAAAGCAUAGGGGGAAAAGAGAGCAGGAAUUGUAUGUCAAAUUACAUAGGAAAUGUUUUAUCACUGGCUUUUGGGGAGGCAAGGGUUCAUGAGUUGAAAGAAGCUUCAAUCUCAGAAACUGCCAAGAUAGUGCAUGAGGCUAUUACAGAGGUGAACAAUGAGGCUCAUUUUUUGGAUUUGAUUGAUUGGGUUGAGUGCCACAGGCCUGGUUUGAUGCUAGCCAAGGCAGUGUUGGGUCAGGACGGACCAGUUCUGGUUGUGUCCUCAGGAAGAAGGUUUCCAGUAACUGAAGUAGACUUUGGGUUUGGGAGUCCCUCGUUAGGGACAGUCUAUACCUCCAUUGAAAGGGUUGGGGUAGGUUACAUGAACCAGAGGCAAAGUGGCAGGGGUGAUGGCUCAUGGACCGUCUCUGCUAUCUUAUGGCCAGAGCUGGCAGCUGCACUUGAGGCUGACGCUAUUUUCCAGCCCAUGUCUGCUUCUCAUCUUCAAUUUUAGUACAGUGCAUAAUCUAGCUUUCAUCUCCAUCCUGCAGGUUAAAAUGAGCACAUAUAUCCACACACACACACACACACACACUUACUUAUAAGUUUAGCGGCGCCCAUCACAAUCAAUGUAAAUUUUAUCGUAUUUGAUGCUUUUGAUAAUUUCAUCAGAGUUCCAUGAUUGCUUU